UCCCUCUCCGAAGAGGUCAACGCCCGAUUGUCCCAAAGGGAGAAGCGAAGGGAAGGCACCCAGGGCAGUGGUCAGUGUUAAUGAGUGACCAGAGGCAGAGAGGGAGUGGGCAGCUUGAUGCCCUUCGUAGAGAGAGAGAGUCUUGGGUCUGGGUUUGUCCGGACCCUCCUUCCUUGCAGCCAUGAAGCUCCUGGUUGUGCUCUUUGCCUUGGUUGCAGUCACAGGAGGCCGAGCCGUGACCACCAGAGAAGCCCCCACUUCAGAGCCCAAGUUAAGAGAGUUGGUUGAUAAAAUAUUCAGGCUCGGGUUAGAAGUCUUCUUUUCUCUGGCAGGAAAAUUUCUGAACGGAAUUGAAUCUUCGAAUACCAGGGCUAUCAACGAACAUCAGUACAAAAUAUCAGAAAUACUCCGGGAGCAAGAGAGAAAACUUCCUCCGGAGAUGAGGGAAGUGAAGGAGAUUGUGUUCAAUCUCUCUGAAGCCUUGACGGAGAAGACUUUUCGGGUUAUUGGUCAGUGGAACAGCCGCCAUUAUAAGGAAAUUAGAGGCGCCAUGGAUGCGUUUGCGCUGUACAUCGACCCAGUGGCCUCCAAGAUGCUUUGGUGCAUUGAGUGGUUGGAACAGAACGUCAGGCCCAUUGUGAUCGAAAUGUACAAGCCGUACGAGAGAUCCCUUGAUCAAGCGAUGGAGUCCCUGGGACGCACAUUCAUCGAGAACCUGCAAAAAGAUAUGGAAAGCCUCCAAACCUCAUUGGAAGGAGGAGCCAAGCGGUUCCAGCUGGGGAUGGAGACCCUCCACAAGCACUUGAAGCCCUUCUGGAUCCCAUUGCUGAAGGAGUACAAGAAGUACGACCCAGCAAUCAGAGAGUGGGUGGAAAGUCCGUUGUUCCCCCCUCCGAAAGAAGACUGACCCUAAAAGGGAAAUCCUAGGGAAGUGACCACUAGGUCAAGAGGUAUGGCUGCCUCCCCAUCAUGGAAUAUAUCUCCCCAUUUAUUUGGGAGGCGUGAAUAGCUGGCAAACUUUAUGGAAUGAGCUGCGCUUUUCUGUACGAAUUAUGUCAGUUCUUUCUUGCAAUUACAUGUUCUGUCAUCCACCUGGCCAGAUGAAUAAAACUUCUGUUACUGCCUUCAAA